CGCAUGCGCUGCUGCUGUACUGUUGUUCACCUCACCGGGUGCGACGAUGUCAAUAGAUAUGAUUGGCUUCGGAUUGAGAAAUUUCGAUUCCUUUAAAAACAUUUAUUAUAAAAUAACGCCUGAGUACUACACGGGUAACGCCGGCCAGUGAUUGCUUAUAUACUGACCCGCCCUAACCGCCUCGCCAAGCCCUCAGCGGUGGUGCUAUGCGUCUCUUCGUCGUUUUCUGGUGCUUUUAACAAAGUCUGAACCCGACCUUUUCCAUAAAAUAACCCGAGGUAACUGAUGAACAAAAUGUCUGAGCUCAGCAUUGGGAAACGCAAGGAAAAGUGUGAAAACUGCACCAAGCAGUGCAACAAGAGACAGAGCGAUGGCGAUGUCAGCUCACACCAAAAUGGAGAGCAAGUCAAUGGACAGGAGAAUAAGAGCUUACAGUUGUUGCUGAGUGCUUGUUUAUCCUGCGAUGGCUGUAUGUCUGAGGAGGAGAGCCUGAAGAUCUCUCAACAGAACUUGAUGGAGAUAGAGCAGGUUUUGACUCUCAAUGAGAAGUGUGAUGUGACAAACCACAGAGUUGUGGUAGCAUCAGUGUGUCCACAAUCGCUACCUUUUUUCGCCGUCAAGUUUGGCGUGGACAUCGUUGAGGCCGCCGGUAAACUUUGCGGUUUUCUCAAGAGCCUUGGUGUGCAGUUUGUCUUUGAUACCACUCUGGCAGCAGGAUUUAGCAUCAUAGAGAGUCAAAAAGAGUUUAUUCAGAGGUAUCACAGGAGGCACCAUGACUCCCAUGCUUUGCCCAUGUUCACCUCCUCCUGCCCAGGUUGGAUUCGCUAUUCCGAGCGUAUCCUCGGGAGUUUGGUCACACCUCACAUUUGCACAGCAAGGUCUCCGCAGCAAAUUAUGGGAUGUCUCGUCAAAGACUACUUCUCCAAACAGCAAAAACUAAAUGCGGACAAAUUGUACCAUAUAGUAGUGGCGCCUUGCUUUGACAAAAAACUGGAGGCUGUCCGAGAAGAGUUUUACAACAGUCUGCUGGAGAGCCGGGAUGUGGACUGUGUCCUCACCUCAGGGGAAAUCUACUACCUGAUGCAACAGAAGAAGGUUUCAGCAGAGGAUUUGGACUCUUUUCCAUUAGAUCACGUGAUUGGAGAAAGUGGAGACCCGGCCCUGGUUCGACACGAAGGUCGCGGUUCUGAGGGUUUUCUAGAGCAUGUGUUCAAGCAUGCUGCUAAGGAGCUUUUUGGUCUAGAUGUCCACGAGAUCACAUACAAAACCCUCAGGAACCGCGACUUUCAAGAGGUGAUAUUAGAACGAGACGGCGAAACGCUCUUGCAGUUUGCCGCCGUUUACGGCUUCAGGAACAUCCAGACCUUGGUGCACCGCAUGAGGAAGGGACGAGUACCUUACCAGCUGGUGGAGGUGCUGUCCUGCCCAGGAGGUUGCUUAAGCGGCCGCGGUCAAGCUGAGAAUGAGACGGGUGGCGGCGUAGAUAAACAACUAGUCCAGCAGAUGGAAGAAGUCUACAGCAGCCUGCCUGUCACUCUCCCCGAGGUCAACCCCGCUUUGCAGACCCUUUAUCAAGACUGGCUUCAGGGCCAGGAUUCCCAGCCGGCAUGCAAGUUACUGCACACCCAGUACAGGAGUCAGAGUCGCACCCCCUUACAGCCACCUCACAUGCAAUGGUGAGGAUGAGGAAACAUGACUGGACACCAUUUGAUUGGUUCAGAUUCUCUUCACAUAAACUCUUACAACGAUAAAUUAAGGACCAUCCAAUACCUUGUAGCAAGUGAGCGCAGGACUCACAAGAUGUAGUUCUUCCAUUUGUCCGCUGGAGGGCGGUGUGUGUCUGUGGAAACGAGGGAUAAGUUAAAAAAUACUUUCAAAUCCUACAAAGAUGUGUUUAGCGAGGUGGCAAGUGUGAUGUAGUUGCUGUUGCCAAGCAAUAAGCCAACGAAAACAACUUUUAGGACUUUUGAAGUCAAUGAACUGAUUGGUACGUUUGUUGUCCUUGCUGAAAAUAUACAGCAGCAGAGUUACAAAGAUAACUAUGCAACUGAUCACCUCAUUCCAUCAGUACUACUACGACAAACAUUUUUUAACGUACUGUAUAUGUUAUUAUUUUACAAAAUCUGGGUUCAGCAACUAAAAAGAGAUGAUUGUUUUUUUGUCCUUUACAUUGUACACUUUGUUAUUCCAUAAAUACGUACAUUAGCACUGAAUUA